AUGUCCUUGACACGGCUGUUUUCUACCACGCGGCAGGCGCGGACGUUUCCGUUGGCGGUGAGGAACUUGCUGGCGCGGCACUCGAUUGACACGCGUCCCGGGGAUUUUGAGGCCGACGCGGACGAGCCGAUUCUCGCUCAUUUGCGUCGUCGGUCGUUGAUUGAGACGGUGGUCAACGAAGACGAGCUGGCGCGGCUGGCUCGCGAAAAAGCGCUCGGCCUGUACUGCGGCGCAGACCCGACGGCCAAGUCGCUGCAUCUGGGCAAUUUGCUGCCGCUGAUGGUUCUCUUGCACUUCAAUCUCCGGGGACACAAUAUUACGGCUCUGGUUGGAGGAGCCACGGGAACGGUUGGCGAUCCGUCGGGGAAAACAACGGAGCGCGCGCAGAUGGAGCAGCAGGAGCGGCUGGAAAACGUGGCGCGCAUCCAGGCGCAGUUCGAGCACUUUUUCCGCAACGGCCGUCGCUACGCUGCCAGCCGCAACCACGUCCUCGACAGCUCCCACGGCCAGGUUGCCGUGCGCAACAAUUUCGACUGGUGGAAAGACAUGGGGUUUCUGGAGUUUCUGGCCAAAUACGGCCGGUUUAUCAGAGUCAACCAGAUGCUUUCGCGGGACUCAAUCAAAAGCAGGUUGGAGUCUGAGCAGGGCAUAGGUUUCAACGAGUUUUCGUACCAGCUGCUGCAGGCCUACGAUUUUUACUAUUUGAACAAAAACCACGGCAUUGACGUUCAGGUGGGCGGAAACGACCAGUACGGCAACAUUGUGGCCGGACUGGACCUGAUAGACAGGAUGCAUUCUGGCGAGAAGAAGAAAGCGUAUGGUGUCACUGUGCCGCUGCUGACGACCGCGAACGGCGUGAAAUUCGGCAAGAGCGCCGGCAACGCCGUCUUCAUCGACAAGAGCCUCACGCCGUCGUUCCAGCUGUACCAAUUCCUGUACAACACGCUGGACGAGGACGUUCCGAAGCUGCUGUAUAAAUUUUCGCUGCUGCCAACGGCGCUGAUCGGGCGGAUCUGCGAGUUCCACCGGCAGAACCGCCCGCUGCGGCUGGGCCAGCGCGUGCUCGCCGUGGAGAUGUGCGAUUUCCUCCACGGCGCCGGAGAGGGCCGCGCAAACCUGGUCAUUAGCGACGCCUUGUACGAGGACACAGAGCUGAACGUUGACGAGGUUCUGGCCGCGUUCCGUCGACAGAACAUGAUCACGGAGGUGCGCGCGGCGGAGCUGGCGAGCGUGGGGGACAUUCUGCACAGAAAACUGGCCGGCGUCUCGAAAAAGGAAAUCAAACGCCUGCUGGCCGGCGGCGCCGUUUCUGUCGGCAAGCAGCGCGUCAAGGUGAGCCGGUGGGACGACCCGGUCGACACAAACCUCGUUCUCGACGGCCGGCUGCUGCUCCUCCGCACGGGCAAGCAGGUCCACGUGUUUGAGGUGAAAUAG